GUACCCCGCAAUCCUGCGACACACUCAAUGCAUCGAACAAGAACUCAUGGGGAGUGAGACUCAUCCAGUAGAACCAAGGGCUCGUGGGAAGCAAGGACUCGUGGGAAUGCACGCCGCUGGUCCUGGUGGUGCUGGUGGUCGUUUUGGGGAUGUCGAUGUGCGUGUGGCCCCGAGACAGAUGUUGCUCCGUGAUUGGGUGGCUGCUGCGAAAGCACAAGGCGCAGUUGUCUUCAUUGCAGUUCACGGAGGUAUAGGUGAAGACGGCACGUUACAGCACCUGCUGGAGCACGAGGGAGUGCCCUUUACUGGUGAAGACGGCACGUUACAGCACCUGCUGGAGCACGAGGGAGUGCCCUUUACUGGUUCUGGGUCUGAAGCGUCUCAGCUGUGUAUGGACAAGGUCGCGACAGGACAGGCCAUUGCUCAUCUGACCUCGGAUGGUGUAUUCUCAGCUCGAAAGCUGCUCCUUUCCCUUGACCAGUUGCUGCCCUGUGCUGCUGCUGCUGCUGCUGCUGCUGGUGGCGCUGGUGCUGCUGAUGCCACGUGGCAGCGUCUGAUUGGCGAGCUCCAGGCUGACUCGUUCUGUGUGAAGCCGGCCACAGACGGAUGCUCUGCUGGCGUCGCCCGACUCGCCAACCCAUCUGACCUGGCAGCGUACGUCACAGCAGUCAGGGAUGCGGCUCCCCGCCUGCUGCCAGGCCAGCUGUCCACACUUUGUGGGAUAGUGGAGAUGCCUGUUCGCCCCCCAACCCAUCUUCUCUUCGAGCCCUUUAUCGAAACAGACCCUAUCCGACCGCUGCCAACCGCACAGCAGCAGCAGCAGCAGCAGCAGCAGCAGCAGGAGGAGGAAGAGGAGGGCACAUGUGACAAUAACGAGGGGUUGGUGUGGGAGGGGAAGCGGCGGUGGGUGGAGGUGACUGUAGGGGUGGUGGGGCAUCGGGGCAGGAUGAGGGCUCUGGCUCCGAGUGUGACUGUAAAGGAGGCUGGAGACGUGCUCACACUGGAGGAGAAGUUUCAAGGUGGCACGGGCAUCAAUCUCACUCCUCCCCCAACGUCCAUCAUCAGUGCAAGUGCGCAGGAGGCGGGGCGGAGGCGCAUUGAGAUGGAGGCCAGUGCUCUCAACAUCGACGGUGUCACCUUUGCUGGCCUAGCAAGCAAGCAUCUGUCCGUGUGCUCUUGCUUGCCUCUUUCUACCCCCCCUGCCAGUGCAAGAGCCCAGGAGGAGGGGCGGAGGCGCAUUGAGCUGGUGGCCAGUGCUCUCAACAUCGACAGUGUCACUCUUGCCGGCCUAGCAAGCAAGCAUCUGUCCGUGUGA